AUUAAAGGAAGCCCGGGUAUAAAAGCUGGGUAAUUGCAUAGCAUCAGCAUCAGUUCGCAUCUAAAUUUCGCAUUAAUCUAAAGUAUUUUGUAUAGUUUUUGUGCAGACGUCAAAUUCAUCACAAUAAUGACCAAGUUCAUGAUGCUCUUCACCUUCUUGCUGCUUGCACUGGUAGCAGUAGCUACUGCUCAGCACGGCCAUGGCCAGCAAGGACAUGGCGGUCAUGGAAGCAUUGAUCAUGGAGGCGGUCGUCAAGGACAUGGACCAGUUCAUGGACCAGCUCAUGGACAAAGUCAUGGACACGGACAAAGUCACGGACAUGGACAAAGCCAUGGACACGGACAUGGUCAUGGACAUGCAAGACACUAGAUAUAAGAUAAGCAACAAUUAAUAAAUUGGGAUGCGUAAACUAUAUUUCAACCUAGUCCAUGAGCGAAUCCUAGUAACAAACUAUACAGUUUAAACCGUCAACGAAAGCAAAUGCGAUAAUAAAGAGACUUUUUUGAAACGAGUUAAACCCCAAUCAAAAUAAUAACAA